AUGAGGACACCAUCUGUUGAAGAAGGUGUGACAAUGAGGACACCAUCUGUUGAGGGAGGUGUGACAAUGAGAACACCAUCUGUUGAGGGAGGUGUGACAAUGAGAACACCAUCUGUUGAGGAAUGUGUGACAAUGAGGAUACCAUCUGUUAAAGGAGGUGUGACAAUGAGAACACCAUCUGUUGAGGGAGGUGUGACAAUGAGAACACCAUCUGUUGAGGAAUGUGUGACAAUGAGGACACCAUCUGUUAAAGGAGGUGUGACAAUGAGAACACCAUCUGUUGAGGGAGGAGUAACAAAGAAAAUGCCGUCUGUUGAGGGAGGUGAGAAAAUAAGGACACCAUCUGUUGUCAUGACCUCAUGA